AUGAUGGAAUUUUGCUCGUCGAAGAGGAUUUUCACCUUCGUUUUGGCGCUUUUGGGGUUUUGAAUUGAUAUUGCAAUUUUUAUCAGGCAAAAGUUUGUUUAGAUUUUCGAUUCUCGUGUUCUUCAUUGAAGAAUUGGCCGAGGAGAGCGAAAUGGAAGGCGAAAUGGAGAUGAAACGACAGUUUUAUGGUUGGUUAUAAUUGGACUUGAAGUUGGAAAAAAAUUAUAUUUUCUUGAGUUUUUUCUUUAUCAUGCUGUGGUCAAAGUGAUUCUGCGAAAUCCGAAACAGCCAUCAGAGAAAGAAAAAAAAACCAAUAUUUGGAGAGUCAGAGAUAAUUUUGCAUUUCGCUGAAAUUACUUUAUAUUUUAGAAUACAAUGCGAAAAUCACAUUUUUCAACGACAAAUUCUCAUUUUUCGGCCGGAGUGAUUUAGAAAGCCUAGUACUAAUUACUGUAGCGCUCCAGAAAAUUUCAGUCUCAGUGGCUUUUAUAGUGAAAAUUUUUUUUUCCUUUCUGGUUUUUUUUUCGAUUUCUGGGGCUCACUAAAACCUCAGACAAGACUUUUAUAAUGGGAGUGAUCAGGCCUGGGAAUCUUCGGAAUCCAAUGAUUAUUCUGCUUUUUUUCCCCAGAAGAACAAACGAAACAUCAUUCGCCAUCGGCUCAUCGAAAAUCGGAGCAAAAUGGAAAAGAAAAGACCAGGGAAACGUCGGAAACGGACCUGAUGUCCGACUGUUGGAAACGGGAACCCUUCACCGUCAUUUCCUCUUGUGUCCAGUGCAAAGAGUUCGAAAUCAAGGCUAUCAAGUCGGGUGAGCCUUUUUUUGAAUUUAAAUGGUCCAUAUAUAGAGGCGUAGAAAAAUGGUGCUGCAAUGAGCCAUUCUCCAUGCUUUCACGAUCUUCAUGAUUAUUUUUAGAACAUUGCGUUGCGACUGGAUUCUACGACCGUUUACAGUGUAAAAAGUCGAAUAUCACGACUGUUCGGCCCUGUAUGUCUCCAAAGGUGAUUGAAAAAUGGAAUUUCAAAGAUCUAUUCAUCAGGAAAUAGUUAUGAUGAUAGUAAGCCUUGUAUAUUCGAAAAAAUUUUCCUCAACGAAGGGUAUUUUUUUCCUCAAAACUUCAAAUUUUUCUGGACGAUUUAUUUUCGACGUUACAAGCAAUUCUUCCCUAGCUUCGAGAAUAAAAUCGGAAAUUGUCAAUACUGUUUCAGAAAACCCAGCGACGAUCCUUCUACAUUUUCGCCUUUUUCAAUUUUCUCGUCGUGAUCAUUAGUUUUGUGAUUUCAACGGCUCGAAAAGCGCAACUCGACCGGCAAUCUUAUAUGAGAAUUUCCCAAACUUUUUAA